AUGGCCCCAAAGACACACUCAAGAACACAAUCCACCAACACCCCCGCGCCCCUCCCCAGCACCCGCACAAACCCCAUCUCCCUCCGCAUCUACAAGGCCAUCGGCACUUCCUUCGACGAUGCCGACUCGCGCGAAGCACUCCAGAUCGCCUCGUCCAUCUAUGCCCCGCAAGAGCCGAAAGGGAAAUCAAGAGCGAUCGAUGCCGAGGCAGAUGAGGGACAAGAAGAGGAGGAAGGCUUACCGAAGAGACGGACGCUGAAAGGACAGAGCGCAGCAACCGCGCGCAAGUACCUGAAGCGAGAUGUAGAGUCGAGCCUGGCAGCUGGGAGCUUGAAAUUCCUCGAGGCUUUUGAAGAGGUUGACAAGAACCUAGGGACGGUACGCGAACAGAUGCAGGAAAUGCAGAUCCGCUGCGACCAAGUCCAGUCCGAAUUGGAUCAAGCCAACAGCGGUACAAAAUUCCUACUCGAACGGGCAGACGGCCUACGUGCUCAGCGUGCGUCGGCUGAAUUACGAGCUCAUCUCAUAACUCUCUUUCUUGCCCGCUUCACGCUUUCCGAGCAUGAACAAGCCGCACUCUCUUCGCGGGAUAUCAGUAUAGGACAAACGCUAUUUGAAGCGCUCGACCAUGUCGAAAAGAUCCGAGAGGACUGUACGGUAUUGCUGGGCGGAGAAGAAGGUAAAGCUCAGGCAGGGAUGGACAUCAUGACGUCUACUUCCCAACAGCUAGAAGCGGGGUACGCCAAGGUCCACAGAUGGUGCCAGUUCGAGUUCCGCCAGUAUACGAGGGAGACACAUCUGGAAGUGUCGCCCAUCAUGCGAAAAGCGAUCGUACGCCUGCGCGAUCGUCCCUCAUUACUCAAUGAUGCGCUCCAAACGUUGACGUCGACCCGCCACGCCUCCCUCUUACACCAGUUCCUCACAGCCCUGACCAUAGGCGGCCCCGGCGGUCUUCCGCGCCCUAUAGAACUGCACGCACAUGACCCGCAACGAUACGUCGGUGACAUGCUUGCUUGGGUACAUCAGACGACGGCGAGCGAGGGAGAAUUUUUAGAUGGAGUGUUUGGCGUGAGUAGAGGGAAGAGGAUGGUGGGGCAGGAAAGAACGCAGGGGGAGGAGGAUGGCGAGGAGAAGGGGGAGGAGAAGAUGGCGAGGGAAGUGUUGGAUAAGAACCUUGAGGGGUUGAGUCGGCCAUUGAAACUGCGAAUCCAGCAGACGAUCAAGUCUCAAGAGGGCACGAUCAUGUCGUACAAGAUUGCCAACCUUGUGCAAUUCUAUCUCGUUACUAUGCGAAAGACUAUCGGCUCUGGGGCGCAAUUGUGCGAGACUUUACAAGAAAUCCACGACGCAGCAUACACCACAUUCUACGAAACCCUCGACGCCCAAGGCCGCGCCCUCCUCCGCUUCCUCCACGCCCCUGACAACACCCUCUCCCCACCGCCUUCUCUCCGCGAAGCCGCCCUCAUCCUGCGCGAACUCCUCACCGUCCACUCCGCCUCCCUCCUCGACCCCGCCGACCAAGCUUCCCAAGAUGAAGUCGACAAGCUGCUGGAUAAGGCGGUGGGGCCUUGUAUUGAGAUGUGUGAGCGGAUGGCGGAAAUGAGAAGGAGUGCGGUGGGGAAAGGAGGGGGGGGAGAGUGGGAGAGGGAUGUGUUUAUGGUGAAUUGUUUGGGGUAUUUGGAGCAUACCCUGGAGCAGUUUGAGUUUACGGGCAAGAUGUUGGAUGGGCUGGAUGAGAGGAUUGGGGGACAUGUGGAAGCGAUGGCGUUUGAGCAUCAUGGCAAAUUGUUGGAGCAGUGUGGUUUGGCACCGGUCAUGCGAGCGAUCCGUACAAGACCAGCAGACACACCCCUCUCACGCCUCCCAGCCACAUCCCCAAAACCCCUCACCUCAUCCCUCUCCACAUUCUCCACCUGGCUCUCCACCAUCUCCCCCUCCCCCUCCUCCUCCCCCCGUCUCUCCCUCCUCUCUUCCCCCCGCCUCGCAGAGGAGAUUCACAGGAAAGCGUUGCGCAAGAUAUAUGAAGCGUAUGGCGAGGUUUGCGAUCGGGUGUUGGACAAGGGGGAAGGGUAUGAGUUUGGGGAGACGAUGUUGAGGAGAGGGAGGGAAGAGGUGGGUGUUGCGUUGGGUGUUGGGGAGGAGUGGGUGAGUCAGGAUGAGGAGGGAGAGGGGGUGGGUGGAGAAGGAGAGAAGGGCAACUAG